CGUGUCAGCUGAGACUGUGGUUUGCACCACUUCUUCUGUUGUAAGAAAAUGUCUUGUUUUAGUUUCUUUCCGAGCAGACGGAAAAAAGAAAUGAAGAUUGCAGCGUUCAACGUCCGCAGGUUUGGGCUGAAGAAAUGCACCGACAGCAAAGUGUUCCCAAUCAUUACCAAGAUUGUGUCGCGGUAUGACAUCAUCGUCCUCAUUGAAGUCUUUGAUGCAAAGGAGAAAGCAGCCAAAAAACUUGUGGAGCAGUUAAAUAGCACAUGUGAGGACGGCGCCUCUUAUAAAUAUAUAAUAAGCAAACCCCUGGGAAGAAACGACUACAAGGAGCAAUACCUCUUCAUCUUCAGGGAGGACUUGGUGUCGGUGAAGGAGCAGUACCAGUAUGAGGACAUGCAGGUGGGAGACGAGGAUUCCUUCGCACGAGAACCUUUCAUCGUCAGAUUUAAAUCCAAAAAGACAGCUGUGAAAGAUUUUGUCCUCAUUCCGGUGCACACGACUCCCAAAGACUCCGUCCAGGAGAUUGACGAGCUGUAUGACGUCUACCUCGCGGUUAAAGAAAAGUGGGAGACUCAGAAUAUUAUCCUCCUUGGCGAUUUCAAUGCAGAUGGGUCCUACGUCUCUGGAAAAAAAAUGAAGACGAUCCGACUGAGGACUGAUAAAUGUUUCCAUUGGUUAAUUGCUGAUGACAAAGACACCACAGCCACCAAUACGACCGACUGCUCGUAUGACCGGAUAGUCGUACAUGAUGAUCUGAUCCAACAUGUCAUCCCUGACUCAGCCAAGCCCUUCAACUUCCAGCAAGAAUACAAACUGACAGAUGAGGAGGCGCUGGCAGUAAGCGAUCACUACCCGGUGGAAGUGGAGAUGAAACCAGCAAAAGGAAAAGCUGCCAAGAAGAAGUGACCGAUGUCAGAUGUCACCACAUUUCCCAUAGCCAUCCUCCGGACAGGUCAUUGAUAUCAGAUUGUUGGGGAUCCGACCCCCAACAGUCAGCUUUUAGAAGGGGGCCUCUUCAUUGUAAACCAAUCACAGCGCCGUCCACGGGAUAGAGGCUGUGCUUGGUAUUGCAGCGCAGUCCCAUGCAGUUGAAGAUGCACAAAGACCGUGUGACGAUAAACACGACGUCACUGGUUGAGGAAGACACUGUGGUUCUUUCCGACAGAUGAACUGUGAGUGCCGCGAGUCGGAACCCCUCUGAUCAGAUACUGAUGACCUACCCAUUAUAGCUAUAUGAAACUGCCCAAAUAUUAUGGUGCAAAACACAAAAUGAUUAAAUCAAUGCAACUUGUACAACCCUGCAUGCAAGCGACAUAGCAGCAGAAGAGAACCCAGAAGAUGGAAGCAAUUAAGGGGUUGGCCCAUCUGGGACAAUUACUGCAUAUGCAAUGUCAGAUUGGAAAGGGUCCUAGAGGUGGGACCUGCACCUACCUUAAAGCCCCUUUCACACAGGCGAGUAUUCCGCGCGGAUGCGAUGAGCGAGAUGAACGCAUUGCACCCGCACUGAAUCUAGACCCAU